UAACAAGCAACGUUUCUGUCGUUCGGUUAUCUUCAGGAUGAGACAAAUUCAACAUUUCUUCGUUCUUGUAACAAUCGUGUCAACUGUAUCUUGUGCCUUGAGAGAAGACUCCUUGGAAAUCGAUCGUGUGAAUUCUUCCCAACAAUAUUGGAGAUGUACCGAAGAAAGAGACUGAUUGGAAUAGCUGCUCAAAAAUCUAUUCAACAAAAUGCUUGAAAGAGAGCAUCUCCAAAAUUCUGGCUCGACUCAACAAACAAAAUUACUUGGAAUUGUUUCCUGGAGUUUCAUUAGCUUGGAGUCCUGUCAAAACUCAGCUCACAAAACCACUAUACAAAACUAAUUCUUCUAUCGAGAAUGCUCUUGUUGAGAAAAUAAGUAAAUAUCUGAGCUCCAUAUCACUUAAAAUCCAACUGAUCGAUACUGAUGCUCUUUCGAGCAGCAAAUCAUUCAAUGAAAUUUCUGGAUUGAAUUCAGCAGAAGGUGGAAGGAAGAGGAAGGACAACGGCGCAAUAUGGGCAAUGGCGAUGAUGAUGGGCGGAACGAUGCUGUCAAUGGCUUUGGCGGGGGUGGCGGCGGCAGCGGCCAAGGCACUCACCAUGUCCAUAGUGGCGGCGGCACUCUCAGCCCUGGCUGCCCUCAAGGGAGGCGGCGAGAAGAGCACCACCUACGAAGUCAUCUCCAGGCCGGUUGUGUCGCAUGCGCACACCUACUCAUCUGAGGUACAACAUGAGCACGCUGGUCAUGGACAUGGCCACUAUAAGAGGAGCAUAGAUCAACACAACAUUUUGAAAAAUAUCAUGUUCAGGGAUUUUAUGGACAAUAGAUGAGACAACUAUUUCUAUCAUCGAUUCUGCUAUUAUUACAAUGUGAAUUAGAAUUUACAUUGUGUAUGUCUACUUGCCAAGAAUAAAUUAGAAGGUAAUAGAAGAAAAGUUAUAAAUCCAUCUAUUUAUUUAUUUAUUACUUACAUGUGUAUGUCUACUUGCCAAGAAUAAAUUAGAAGGUGAUAGAAGAAAAGUUAUAAAUCCAUCUAUUUAUUUAUUACUUACAUGUGUAUGUCUACUUGCCAAGAAUGAAUUAGAAGGUAAUAGAAGAAAAGUUAUAGAUCCAUUAUAUUUAUUUAUUACUUACAUUGUGUAUGUCUACUUGCCAAGAAUAAAUUAGAAGGUAAUAGAAGAAAAGUUAUAAAUCCAUCUAUUUAUUUAUUACUUACAUGUGUAUGUCUACUUGCCAAGAAUGAAUUAGAAGGUAAUAGAAGAAAAGUUAUAAAUCUAUCUAUUUAUUUAGUAUCUAAUAUUUAUUUUUCAUGUUUUUUAUAAUAUUUUAUGAAUGCAUAAAAUAAAAAUGUGAUACUCUGUAA